GAUUCCUCUGGCAUUACGGCCUUUACCACAACGAUGCUGUCCAUAGAUCAAAUUCUCUAAGGAACUCGGCAAAAUAGCCCCGUAACUUCGGGAGAAGGGGUGCCCCUCACAAAGGGGGUCGCAGUGACCAGGUCCGGGCGACUGUUUACGUGAAUCCAAACACACACUUUAGAAAGAGAGAGAGAGAGUUGCUUCAUUCGUCAAAUUAAUCUUAUUGGUGCAACCUACCCAACCUACCGUCUCAGGGAUUUCCCCCAAAAAAUCUUUCUUCGGAGAUUUUUAGGGUUUUCCCUACUGGAUUUCUUCGCGAUUCUUCGAGAAGGGUUUUCGUGUUCUCCGUGAUAUUCCAUCUUUGAUGUCUUCCAAUUCGUACCGAAGAGGUUCCGCCUACGGUGAUGCCGCCCCUUUCCGAUCCAGAGAGGGGCUUAGCACGAGACCAGCUGCUUCCUCCGAUGAAAUCCAAUUGCGCAUUGAUCCCAUGGACAUGGACUUGGACCACGAAAUCACCGGUCUUCGCGGCCAAGUCAAAAUUUUGAGAAAUGUUGCUCAAGAGAUAGGUACAGAAGUAAAGCAGCAGAAGAUUUUUUUGGAAGAUCUGCAAACAUUGAUGACGAACGCUCAAGCCGGGGUUAAGAAUAAUAUAAGAAGAUUGAACAAGAGCAUUGUUCGAAGUGGUUCAAACCAUGUUGUUCAUGUGGUUUGUUUUGCAUUAAUUUGUUUCUUUGUAGUAUACGCUUGGUCAAAGAUGUUUAGAAAAUGAGGUCACUGUUAGGGGUUAUGAUGCUCCAGUUGAGUUGAAAAAAGAAGCCGUCAGCGUAGGCCUUCUUCAUUAACAUUUUGUUGUAUAGAAAAGCUCUACUAUCCAUCAAAGUGUAACACACUAUAUAGUUGAAAAUCUAGACUUUGGAAUUA